AUGCCUCCGCGAAUUUCUUCGAAGCCCUCUCAACAGGAUGACCAGCGGGACGGGGCCUUUGUCAAGGACAUGACAGAAAGAUACACAAAUUACCUCGUCAUUGCAGAGACCUGUGGUCGCACAGUUCGGGGGAUGGGUUACGGCGAGGACGAUGCAGACCGCGUGCGGCCCGUCUAUGACCAGGUCGUUCGAGACUGGUACAAUGAUCCGACGACGAUUAUUCUGCGAACCAACAGCGCGGAGCCCAACGAGCAAGCCGCAUUUUUUCGCCAGUGUGAUGAGAUCUGCGCCACACCACUCGACAGUCCAUACAAGUGUUUCUGGGUUGGCUUUGCCGCCACUGCUGGAGCACAAGGAUUGCGUUCCCUGUUCAGCAAACAUCCAGCCAAGUCCAAGAUUCUCAGGGAGGCUAGCGAUGAAUCAAUUCAGCGGCUCAUUGGGGAACAGGGUUUUCAGCAAUUGGCAAAUUUGGCGUCUUCGCUGAAUCCUCAGCAAAUAGAAAAUGCCUCUUCGCUGGCUCCGCGAACUAUGGACCCAAUGGAGCACAUCGGAGAGACAAUACGGUACAAGGAUGAGAAUAACAGCAUCGUUGAGUGUACCAUUGAGGAUGCGGGGACCAGUAUCGUGAAAGGAGACUUCUUCAAGCUGUCAGACCCUGGCGGCGGGCAGAAGGAGGUCUCUUCCGAAGAGAUGGCACGUAUCUUGAGGAAUACAGUAUGA